GCUCAAUUGAAGGUUCAAUGCUAAUUACAUUAGGUACCUAGGUACCCUACUAUUGAAUCAUGAGUUGUGCAAUACUAUGUACACACGUCUUAUGCUCACAUAACAAGUACCGAUCCGCUAUCUGGUCCUUGGAGGAGUACAUUACCGACCAGCCGAGGUGUGCAUAAAUGAUACAUAAUUAGGUACCUAGGUACGCCUCCCACGCGUCUACUAGGGUCCAUUGACCCAUCCAUCUUAGGGAAACUCUGAUUCGCUAGAACUUGUGAGGAUCGGGGCGGCCGUGUACUCCGCAGACCGCUAGCUCCGAAAUUUCUAGGGGAGAAGGCAGUCCAACUUAAAGAAAUGAACCACCAAUACAAUUUCACAAGCCUUCUUAUCCCCCAACUUUCCAAAGUUCCUCUCAACAAUCCCCGAACUCCGUCUCCGAGUGUGCCUUCAUCUCGACUCGAAAUUCCAGAUCGCAUCAUUGUUGUCUGCAUAACAAGCCAUCGCUAUUGACAAGUUUCUUUCUUUAUCCUUAAAGAAAAGAUUUAGACAACAAAUUCAAAAUGGCGGACAAGGAGUAUACCUACCAGGAUGUUGCUGAACACAACACCAAGAAAGAUCUUUUUGUUGUUAUCCACGAUAAGAUCUACGAUUGUACAAAAUUCGUCGACGAACAUCCCGGUGGUGAAGAGGUUAUGUUAGAUGUCGGUGGCCAAGAUGCGACAGAGGCUUUCGAAGAUGUCGGCCACAGCGAUGAAGCGCGAGAAACCUUAGAGCAACUCCUCGUCGGUACUCUUAAGCGAAAGCCCGGUGACCCGUCCCCCAAGGCCCAACAGUCCUCCCUUGCGCCUGCUGCCAACACAAGCUCUGCUGGUUUGGGAACUGCUUUGUACGCUAUUAUCUUCAUUGGAGGUAUACUCGGUUUCGGUGCUUUCCAAUACUUCCAGUCGCAGCAAGGCAAGGAGGCUUAAACGAAUCCGUAUAUUCGGCAGGAAAUGUUUGGGAGAUUAAGAGCGUACAACAUGAUUCAGGCGAUGGACGAUCGAUAUCCUCUCGGCAAUGUAUUUGAUAAAUACCUAAUAGAUCGGGCUAUUUGGUUCUUCAUAACGUAUUAGUCCACGUCUCAUCAUCAUCAUCAGACUACUUGGUUAAUUGAGAACCAGGAAGUCAGGUGAAGAAAUGGUUAUUCAACUUUAGUAGAGCUGGUUAGCUAAGAGAUAGCGAUCACUUUAAUAAGAGGCAGUUUUAAUAAACCCGAUGAUCUAAAGCAGUAGGGAAUAGCAAUCAACUAAUGCAAGUAAAACAUUAUCUCCAAUUAUUAGCCGUAACGCACUUAAUAUGUUUUCCAAUAAUCCGAUGUCACAGAUCAGAAUCAGUUUCCAGUUUCAGCCAGGUAGGUUAGGUAGG